AUGGCUUCUGAACAGAACAUUCACAUUGGGCAGUCUUUAUGCCUGUUGUGCAGACAAGUUGCGACUGGUGGGUCACAUAUUCUUGAGCCAAAUCAGAAAUCGCAUACUGUCCCUGAUUGUAGAUAUCCAUGCGCACACUGUUCCCUGUCACGGUGCUCCAUGGUCUGGUUUCAUGCAGCGUGCUACGACGUUCUACAGAAUAGCUACGAGCCUUCCAAGAAGCCUACUUCUGAAGAUCUAACAAGGUUCGCUGAUGCAACCAGGCCCGUUUAUAAAUGCGAAUAUGAAGAGCAUAGGGAAACCUUGUCGGUGACAGAAGGACUCUUUAGCAAGUACACAAGAGAAACUAUCCAAGACAGUUUUAGACAAGAUUUGUUGGAGAAAUUACCGGUUGAGUUAAUAACUAUAAUCUCUGAGCUAAUUUCUCCAUGCUGGUAUUUGACUGUACUUGGCGAGACACGUCGGUUAAUUGAACUUUUGAGGGAUAAAGGUGGAACCAAGAGUAAGCAGCUGAGUCUAGAACCAGAAAUGUGGAUGUCCACAAUAUUAUAUCGCGGAACCUCUUACGUGGCACAGCUCAGCAGCAGACCGUUCGAAUCAACAAGCACUUUCGAACAAUACCAUACCACGCUACCUGCUAAGAUCAGCAAAAUUAUUCUGUCAGUCGACUGUAUCGGCAUACGUGGGAUACAAUUCCUUGAUCAUCAGUCGAAUCCCAAAUCGGAUGGGUCACCAUGGUAUGAGAUUCUGGACGCGAGAGAGAGUGAUUUGGAGAUCUCUGUGAGCUGUGAUGGCCUAUUCAUAAGAGGUAUUCAACUCGUCUCAAAUAGUCUAUCUCCGUAUAGAGCUUGGAGCUCUCCUUUCCCGCCUAAAUUCCAUCCAUGGAACUUUUUCCAAGCCCGAGGUAAAUCUCGCUUGGUCUAUUUGGAAAUCGAUUCCCAUAUCCAAGGAGUACUUGUCUGCUGUGCCAACGCUAAGAUUGUUGGGAUCCACGGUUUCUCGGGCAUAUCGAAAGCAUUCAGAGAGUUUAUUGAUCUAAUAAAUCAACGUACGAGCAACAGCUACAGGCACUGGAUUUUUUUCCCCUUCAAUAAACAUGAAUAUAUUAAAGCAGCUUGGAUCCGAACAUUCAAGUUUCGCCGUGGGCCAGCAUCUAACCCUAUCUUAGUACUCCAAACUUCACUAGGGAGAACUAUCACAUUCGGACCUCAAUUCCCAGCUCGGAUUAUCGAUCAAUACGAAUACCGCCCUUUGGUCAGGGAUGGCGACGGUGCUAUUUCGGGGAUUUUUCAUGAUGGACUAGAUCCAACCACAAAGUACAUUUCCGACGUUGGAGUCACCUGCAAUAGCCAACAUGGUGUUGGGCCGCUGGAGCCUCUGCCUUCGGAUGCACGCCUUGAAACCCCAGCAGUCCCACCCGGUCGAGGCUCCAUCUUUAGUACAUGGUACAUGACAAAAGCGUCUCUCAAAGGCGUUGUAAAGGUGCGUGUAUGCAGGGAUAAAGAACAGUCACACCAACCAUGUCUGGGUCUUCUACUAUAUUAUAGUGAUGGACAUAUUGAAUCGAUUGGACAGGUGCGAUGGGAUCACGAUAUAAGUCGGGAGACUGUUAAGCCUAUAUACAUUGAGAGCAGUGUAGUUGACGGACGAGAUUACAUUAAGGACAUCCGAUGUGGCAUUUAUGAUACUGAUCUUAAGGUAGAAAGAAGUGCAUGCCAAAAGCUACCAGAGUGUGGAAUCAUUCCAAUAAUUUCCAUGAUCCUAGUCAGAUGGCGGGCGGUUAGCCUUCAUCAUUUGGGCGGCUUUACUGAUCAGCUGGGCCUCUGA